GUUUCUUGCCUGUCAGUUUAGUUAUACCAGAUUACCAGCAUUGUGUGAAUUACCUGAAAGUGUUUGUUUUCGCUGGUUGUCUUAGUUUAGAUGUUUAAAUUUUCUAUCUUAUAAAAAAAUACGUUAAAAAUACGAAAAUGUCAUUCCUCAAUGAAAUUCUUCAAUGUGCUUCCGAAAUGGAAGUGAACGAAAUAAAAGACAAGAUAAUGAUGGUAGAAAAAAACUUAACCAUUUUGAAAAGUAACGUUAAAACGCACAUGGAAAAAAAGCAUAUUGAAAUCAUGCGAGUUGGGGAUCCGUCACAUUUGAUUGAGCUUGCAAGUGAAAUAAGUUCCAACAUCAACGAACUCCAGAAAAGACUCAAUAAUGAUACUAAAACAGAACUAUCUAACCUGUCCGAAGAAAUGAAAGAACUUGUAAACUCGUUGAAAGAAUCGUCCAUUUCUGUGGAUAUAAUCAAAACAUUAUUUGAUCUCGAUGUCCAUGUCGGUGCAAUGAAAGCUCAAGGGGAUAGCAUAAAUCAUUUUGAGGUCGCAAAGCAUCAUAAAGCAGCUUUAGACUUACUUACUAAAUAUGAUUACUGCGAGUAUAUAAACAUAAUGGAGAAGAUGAAAAACUCGAUGAUGUUUAGGUUCAUGUCAAUAUCUGAUACUACUGUCGAUUGUUGGAAUAAAUCUGUUUGUUGGAAUUAUUGUGAUAUCGGGGAAGGAGUCAAAACUUGUACAUUAACUGUUAAUGGAACUGUAGACAAUAUUGCAAGUUUAAUGGGAGCACUACAUUUAUAUGGUAAAAGUGGUUACCUUAUAUAUACAUUUUCACAAAACCUAUUGGAAAAAGUUAUCAAUCCGUGCAUUGAUAGUAAGACAAAUGUUAAGUCGUCGGCUACACGAAAUGAAAAAAAAUUGUCCAUAACCUCUGAAACGGAUCAAAAAUCUCAUUUCCAACAGGUAUUGACUAAUCUCAAAAUGGUAUUUUUAUUUAUCCAAGAUACUUUGGAUUUUGAGAUAAAGCAAUUGGAUUGUGAUGAAAUUAGCGAAUCAAAAAAUAAAAGUCAACUUUUUAUUCGGCAAGUAGGAAGUCACAUUGAAAAUGAGGUUUUGACAAUUUUAGUAGAGGAAUGUCUUACAAAUGCUAUUCCUUUAAAAAAACCUGACUUACAAGAAUAUGAAAAACAAGUACAAGACAUAGUUGAUUUUCAGAGCCUCCUUCUGGAAAUUGGAUUCCUAUGUGAGAAAAGCGCUUUGUUAGAAAAGUAUUGUGGCAACGUUAAUGAACAAUUCAGAAAUAAGACAAUAGAAAGAUAUCUCUCCAGGGCAAGGCAGAUUUAUAAAAAACCUUUGCAAGAUAAGGUUCAAGUUAAAAUGCAAUUGAAUAAAGAAAAUAAGACAACAGCUGGUGAAUCUUUGAUAAAACUCGAUACAAGUGAAAUUCAAAAUAGUUUAAAAAUGAAUAAAUUAUGUCCGAACAUGUUGCAGUUUCCAGAUUGUUAUAUAAGCAUUUCUACUGUGGAAUUGGUUGACUUGGGGAAAGAAAUUAUUUUGAAUUCGUUUUCUACACCAGAUUUUGAUCCUGAAAUGUUUACUACUGCCAGGGAUAUUUUUUCUCUCUAUCAUGAAGCUGUUCCAAAAAUACAUGGAAAAUAUCUCGAUAAUCUGGCUGAACAAUCUGCACUAUUUUAUAACAAUUGUUGGUACCUUGCUCAUAAACUCAUAACAAUCAAUGAAGAAUUCAGGUCUUCAAUUCCACAUAACACAAGACCACCUUUGGCUUGUUUCGUUGAUUUAGCACACCCGUUAAUAACAAAAGGGAUACACAUUUUGGACCAGCAAAUUAAUAAGCAAUUUAACCAAAUUUCAAGUAUUCUUGAACAGUCAGGUUUGUCCUCACUAAGUGAUUCAGAGGUGUUAACACCUAUGACAGGAAAAUGUAUGAAACAGUGCAUGCAUCUGUUAUCCUACCUUCAGUCCGUUUGGCAGGAUGUACUUCCCACAUCUGUUUACUGUCAAGUUUUGGGAUCGUUAACAAGUAAUUUCUUAAAUGAAAUCAUUGAUAAAAUUGUCGUGACAAGUGACAUCAGGGCUGACAUUGCGACGUCUUUAGUUCAGGUUUUUUCAUCGGUUACUGAAAACAUUCCAAAACUUUUCCCAGAACCUCAGGAUGUUAUUAUUUAUGUGAAAACCUGGACACGGUUUAAUGAACUGGUAUUCAUACUUGGAGCUAAUUUGAUCAACAUUGGAGAAAGGUGGGCAGAUUCAAAAGGGCCUAUUGCUGCUGUAUUCAGUGCAUCAGAAGUUCAGCAACUUAUACGUGCACUUUUUCAGGUUUCUAACAGGAGGGCUGCUCUUCUGGCAAGGAUAAAAUAGCUAUAAAUGAGAAUUAUUCUUUAAUAUUAUUCUGUAAAUAAAUAUAUAAUAUAGUA